ACAUUCCUGUUGUUACACGUGCACAAAUGAUAAGAUCAUUCUCACCAAUUGCUCGCAAAAUGAGUUCGUCAAAUGCGACGAAGAAAUUAAACCAACUGUUUCUAAGUGGUGUAGAGGCGGUUAAACCCAAGGCAUUGUUUCAAGGACCAUGCAGCUCUGACAACGAUAUCAACUACAGUUUCAAGCAUGAACACAAACGAUAUCAUGUCGUCGGUUUCGGAAAAGCUGUUCUUGGAAUGGCAGUUCAAAUCGAAAAACUAUUAGGCUCUCGACUUAACAGCGGAUGUAUAGCCAUUCCUAUUGGGACCACCGAACGUUUCAUGCGCGAUAGUGACUUUUGCUUAUCUCCAAACACUACUAUCGAGGUAAUUGAGUGCGCUCUUAAUAACCUACCGGACGAAACAGCCUUGGUGGCUGCUAGAAAGAUAACGCAUAUCGCGCAAACCAUGACACCGGACGAUGUCCUUUGUGUUCUGGUUUCAGGUGGUGGUUCCGCUCUUCUUUGUCUCCCGAAACAUCCUAUUACGUUGGCGGAAAAAUUACAGAUAAUUAAAUCGUUGUCAGCUGCGGGUGCGGCAAUCGAUGAGCUAAAUCAGGUUCGAAUAGCUCUGUCCGAGGUGAAAGGAGGACAGCUGGCAUUGGCGGCCCGAAACGCGUAUCGGGUUUAUUCGUACGUAAUAUCAGAUAUUGUCGGCGAUCCUGUAGCUUUAAUUGCUAGCGGUCCAACCGUUCCUCAGAGUAGAGUCGACGUAAAUAAGAAAGCAACAGAUAUUUUAAUUAAAUAUAAUCUAUGGAACAACCUACCCGCGUCUGCUCUGCACGUAAUCGCUGAACCAACGACUUCCGACAGCAAGGUUGCUGCGGAUAGCAAUAAACUAUUUGUACUGGGCAGCAAUGAGGUGGCCGUAAAGUGCGUUGUUCAGCAAGCCCGUUCUCAAGGAUUGAAUAGUAUAGUUUUAUCGAAAAUGGUGCAAGGAAAUGUAAGUGCUGUGACUGACAUGUACGUAGAAUUAGCAGAACUGUUGCAUAGGUUUAAAAUGGGCACUUUACCGUCCAAUACGCUGAGGGAUAAGAUCAAACUUAUGUUCUCACGGCUACCAUACGAUGAUUUACAAUCUGAAGAAUUUGUCGCACAAGUGGUUGAAUCGAUGCAUGAGCCUCUUUUGAUAGUUGGAGCCGGCGAACCAACGGUGUGCCUAGAAGGUGACGGAAAAGGGGGUCGAAAUCAAGAACUUGCUCUUCGUUUCUCUUACGGGCUGCACCAACUGGAACACAUGCCUGAUUCGGUGUGUUUCCUUUCAGCCGGUACGGAUGGCAUCGACGGUCCGACCGAUGUAGCUGGCGCAAUUGGAGGUGCCUUUGUGGCAAGAGAACACCACCGGCUGAACUCCCACGAGGACGGCACGUGUUUCAUUAACCGCAAUGAUUCGUACAGGUUCUACGAAGCGCUCGAUAAUGGGAAAUAUUUCAUAAAAACUGGCCAUACCGGAACGAACGUGAUGGAUUUACAUCUACUGCUCAUAGAGCCUUCGGCAUAAACCAAAGCGCAAAGCGACU